AUGAAUUAUUAUAUAAAGGAUGUUGAUGUUCAGUACGUUCAGUAUAAUUGGUUCAAGUUCAGUUUAUUAUCAAGAGAUGGCGCUAAUAAUAGCGUUUAGUUCAGUGCGCGAGUAAACUUGGAAAUAAGUUCUACGACUAUGGAUACAGUUCCUUUCCCUCUAGAGGAAGAAUAUAAAAAGAAGACGGGCAUUACACGACAAGAUAUAAGAAAACUGCGGCAAUGGAUGGAGACACAGCCACAUCUACCCAGAGAACAUAUCACAGACAUGGACCUCAUCCUGACAUACCAUUGCUGUAACCGAAGCGCUGAGGUGGCAAAGCAGGUGCUGGACCUGCACUUCACGCUCAAGACGCUGUUUACCAACUUCUUUAAGGAUAGACUGGUGGAUGCCAAGAUACUAAAAACACUUAGUUAUUAUGUCCUCACGCCACUAGACAUGAAGGCUUAUGAUGAUUCAGCCGUCAUCUACUGCAGGCUGGUGGACUAUGAUGUCAAGAACUUCGUUUUUGCAGACACCAUCAGAGCUGUCUUAAUGAUAGUGGACCUGAUUCAGUACGAACAAGGAACGUGGCCAGGAUUCGUGAUCAUAAUUGACCUCGACAAGCUUACGUUGUCGCACAUUAGCAAACUCGACGUGCAGACAGUGCAGCAGUUCUUGUACUUCCUACAGGAAGCACUAUUGGUAAAAAUCAAAGGCUUACAUUUCGUGAACGCUCCAUCUUUUAUUGACGUGUUGUUGAUGGUGAUCCGGCCAUUUAUGAAGAAGGAACUUAUGGAUAUGCUAGUUAUACACCAGACAGGGUCUAAAACGAUUGAUAAAUAUGUACCCAUAGAAGCAUUACCUAAAGAAGCCGGAGGAAAUUUCAAGACUUUUGACCAGGCAAGAGAUCAUUGGAUAGAAAAAGUGAAGAACGCUAAAGAAUUCUUCCAGCAAGAAAAUAAGAAACGUGUAGUGGAGUCCCUGAGGCCUGUGUACUGUAUUUUUAAAGAGCGAAAGAUGGCUGUAAAGCAGAUUUCUUUAGAAGAAGAAUAUAAAAAGAAGACUGGGAUAAAGCCAGAGGACAUAAAGAAAAUAAGAGAUUGGGUCAAUUCACAACCACAUCUACCGAAAGACCAUAUCACAGAUCUGGAUCUGAUCCUCACGUACCACUGCUGCGACAGAAGCACCACAGUGACUAAGCAGGUGUUAGACCUGCACUACACUCUCAAGACUCUUUUCACAAAUUUUUUUAAAGACAGAGUUGUGGACAAAUCGACAGAGGACAAUCUGCACACUGUGUUACUGCAGCCUCUGCCAACUCGGUCAAGAGACGGUGACGCGGUAUUCUACUGCCGACUGUUAGAUUAUGAUCCGAAGAAUUUUCUAUUCUCAAAGUCGAUCCGAUCUGUAAUGAUGAUUUUGGACCUAUGGCAGUACGAGGAAGGUACCUGGCCGGGAUUCUUGUUGAUUUUCGACCUGGACAGAAUAAAGGUCGGCCACAUCACCAAACUAGAUGUGCAGAGCAUACAGCAAUUUUUAUACUAUUUACAGGAAGCCACGUUGUUAAAAAUAAAAGGUUUACACUUCUUGAAUGCGCCGUCGUUCAUGGACCGGCUCCUGAUGAUGCUCAAGCCGUUUAUGAAGAAGGAAUUGCUUGACGUGCUGAAAAUACACCAGAUUGGAGCUCGUACCUUUGACGAUUAUCUGCCUUUAAAAGCCCUCCCUAAAGAAGCUGGUGGAGAAUACAAGUCCUUCGAUCAACUUAGAGAUGAAAUGAUAGCAAGAUUAAAUGCGAAUAAAGAUUUCUUCGUUGAGGAGAAUAAGAAACGCGUAGUGGAGUCCUUGCGGCCUGGCAAACCGAAGACCAUCUCAGAUAUAUUUGGCUCCGUCGAAGGAUCAUUCAAGAAAUUGGAAAUCGAUUAA